CAGACACUUCCGCAAUAAGAAAGUGAAACAUUUACGUGUAGUUUAAUUUUGGAAGGACGACUGUUUACCCACAGAUAUUUGGAUACUGGAUUAAAAGCACGGAUAUAAACUAUCAAAAUGGACCCAGGAAGUAAAGUUUCAAACAACGGCGGAUUUUGGCCCUAUAUCGGAAUAUCAGCUCUUAACACCAACAACGAUUUUCGCAAACCACUUUUAAUACCAGCAAGCAACCAGAAUCAGAACCAACUGUCAGGCUUCGAUCUCCAAGGCUCGGUACAGUCCACGCCCGACUCUGACUGCGACGAAAUCGACCACUACACGUCGUCCAAAGAAGCCCUGGAUAUGAACACGCGAGAAAUUAUUGACAGUUUCUUAAAACAAUUUACUGGACUCUCUCACACAAAAUGUGUGAAAAAACAGGUCGUGUCAACGAUGAAGAGGGUUGUGGAUAGUCUUGUUGUGAAGCAUGAAAAAGCUUAUAAUGGUAUGAUAUCUCGUAUCAACGUGGACCAGACAGACGACAUGAGCGUCGUUACGGUAGUGGCGACGGAGCUCUUCAGUGACGGCACCACGAACUGGGGUCGUAUUGCCAGCCUGCUGGCAUUUGGGGCUGUGCUGUGCAAACAUCUGAAUGAUAGUGGACGGAGUGAGUGUGUGAGUCUGGUGGGCGAAAAAAUCUCCGCCUAUCUUAUGUCAGACCAAAGGGACUGGCUGCUCAAAAACAAAGCAUGGGAUGGCUUUGUGGAUUUUUUUCAUGUCCAGGACACAGAGGCAGCAGUGAGAAACGCACUGAUGGCCAUUGGUAGUGUGGCUACUUUCGGUGCUGCACUUGCUUAUUGGAUACGGUGAUUCCAUUUAGUUUUUCGUGGGAAAAUCCAAAAGGAUUCAGGACUCUAGAGAUUUUUUUUCCAUUUCAUGGCGCAAUCCAGAAUCCUGUACAUAAAAUCUGAUGUAAAAUUAUUUUAUUACAACACAGAGACUAUUUUUUUAUGAAAAAUAAAGUUGUAAAUAUUCUUGACCUGCCAAUACCUUUAUACUUUUUCUUAGGAUCUGUUUGCAGUUUACACUAGCUUAUUUUACUAGUAACAAUUUUGUUAGUGAUAUAACUUUACCUACUACUGGCAGCAUUCUUCAGAAAUGUAAAUGUUUAAUUGGCUCUAUUAACUAUCACUUUGAUCAAAGUCCUUUUCUGUUUAUAAAUUAUUUUCUGUCAUUAUAAAUUAUUAAUAGUUGAGGUGCUGUCAUCUCCUGUAUCGAGCUGAUAAUUAAACCUUGUUUUACAAGGUUUACUAUCUGAAUGUGGUGGAUUUGUUUAAGUCAUGUGGUUUUUUUUCUAAUCUAUGACUAUGAUAACAGUCACCAUGGCUGCUAAACAUUUUUUUGGAGAUUGACAUUUUGUUCACUUUUUCUUCACAUGUGAAGCAAAUUAAACAAUUGCACAUG